CGUGCGUGUGUUCGUGUGCGCGUGCGUGUAUGUAAAUAUAAAGUAUACAUAGAAACGUGUGUGUUUGUAUGCGUAUAAAGUAUACAAAACGGUGUCUAUUAUUUUUACUAGCAUGCUAAGAAGAAGGGUUGCUGCGAUAAUAGGCACAGCUGCUGUGGCGGUGUUAGGAAUAGCCGAAAUAGCUGCCCUGCGAUCCGCGAAAAACAAAAUAGACCCCAACGAACCAGAAACAUUAAACACAAAUGUCAAAAAUACAAAUGAUAAAGCGUCCGAGAAGACGGACAAGCUGCCACCAAAGCAGUACAAGACACCCCAGACCUACAAUGUACAGUGGGACAACAACUGGGAUAAGAGAGGGGAUACACCCCCAGUAAAAGAUAUACAAAUGAGCAAGCGCUCGAUUUAUCUGAUCCGACACGGACAGUACGAGAAAGCCGAUGACGAUAAAGACCGUCAUCUGACGGCCUUGGGUAGACUUCAAGCAGCCUCGGUGGGGAAGCGACUGAACGAGCUUCCUUUCGUAUUCGACGAGGUAUAUGUGAGCAAUAUGACACGAGCGCUAGAGACCUGUGAGAUCAUAUACGAUCAGCACAAUAUAGCACAGAAAGCUAGGAGUGAAACAGAGGUACUGGUGACUGCCUGGCCAGAAAAAAGUGUUUGUACAAUGCUACGCGAAGGCGCUCCAGACAUCCCUCUCACCAGUGGUGCUAGGUGGAGACCCACAGCUGCCGAUUUUUAUCAAGAUGGUGCUCGGAUCGAGGCUGCAUAUAGAAAGUUUUUCAGACGGCCGGACACGAGUGAAAUCGACGACAGGCAAAUAUUGAUCGUAUGCCACGCGAAUGUUAUCAGGUACUUCGCCAUGCGAGCGAUGCAGUUCCCACCGGAGCUAUGGUCCAAGUUCUCCCUUAUAAACUGUAGCAUAUCUAAGGUGGACAUCUAUGCGGACGGUCGUGUACAACUAACAGGUAUGGGCGACGCUGGACAUCACACCCCUGAGAUGCUGACUACAAGCUAGACAAAUGAUAUAUGAACAAUUAGUCUUGUAAUCUUCUACCUUCCAGGUAAAAUUCUACUGCAAAUUUGUUCAACAGUAGUAUCGUCGAGAGCGAAUCGUAGCGAAAGCGAAUUGUAGCGAAUACAUAUUGAAAAUACGCAUUGUAAAGUAACUCAAAAUAUUGACUAAAUUAGGGCGUCAUGACCAAGGAGUACCUUCAAAAUUUAUCGAAAUAAACCGUAUCGUCGAGAAUACUCGAACGACAGAGGGAAACCAGAA